ACUGUGGCCCUUGUGAUUUGUUUAAAGGUCCUGGGUGGUACAGGGUACUCUCCAUGGACUCAGACUGUCAGCCUCACUAAAACUGUCAGCGGUGUUUAAAUUCCUUUGGACCUAUCCAGCAUGUCAAACGCGGACAGAGUUGUGUUAGCUCUCGGUGGGGCAGGAACAGUGGGUUCUGGAAUAGUUAAAGCACUCCUCGACAAAGGUAAGUUCGGAAUAGUUAAAGCACUCCUCGACAAAGGUUUCAAGGUGGCUGUCAUAUCCAGAGACAACAGCAGAUUAGAGAAACUCAGGGGGUUUGUUUCUCCCUCCACCCGAGACAACCUCACCACCCUAGUCGGGAAUGUUGGUUCAGAGGAGGGGGCAGAGGUGGUCAAGCAGUCCCUUCUGAAGUCUGUUGGCAAGGUCACAGACAUUGUGUCAUCUCUGGGGUUCAGCUGGUGGCAGGGUGGACCUCCACAUACCCAGACGCUGAAAGAACUACACUGGGUGAUUGAGACAUUGCUGUUCAGCACCUUUGUAUCAUGGAAGGUUUUCUUUCCACUGGUGAGAGACGACCCCAACUGCACCUACACCUUUAUCACAGGUGGUGCUGGGGAGAAGCUGUUGAUGCCAGGUACAGGGUUCCUGACUGUUGGUGCCGCCAGCACCCUGGCAUUCUGUCAGGUACUACGAGAGGAGUACCCGGAAGUGCCCUGCAAACUCAACCAGGUAAAGAUCAACACUGGUGUGGCCCUUCCAGAGCGCAUGGCUCCUGGUUACCUGAACCACCUGGACCUUGGUGAGGCUGUGGCCACGUUGGUGGAGAGAAAGAACACCACCCACACAGUGUUCCCUGUCAACUCCCCGGCAGACUUAAAAACCGUCAUUCUAGAGGGUAACCUUUAAGGCUUCCCCGCUCUGCCAUAAGUCCCUGCAGACUCUCAAAACUAUAGUGCUUGAGUCAUUCCACAUCCAUUUUACUGUAUAGUCGGUAAUGUGAUUGUUUUCUUUGCAUGUCAAAUUAUAACCCUAACCCUGUAAGGAAGAUGCCAAGCUUAUGUGACUUCAUGCCAGCUUCUGCAUAGUCCUUCAUUGUUCCAGUGCACUAAUAACCACAUAAUGCACUACCUUCCUGGACAUCAAUGGAGCUGUUUAGGUGCAUAGUAGAUUAUUUAGGUACACCCUGUUGGGAAAAUGCAGGAUGACUCUGAGAUGAGGCAGCAAAAGACGGCGGGGGGACAGGGAGGGUAGACUGUAGGGGCGGCGAUGGGGUUAUGUGGCACAUUUGUGUCCCCCUAGCGUGACUCUCUGUCCUGUUCACAGGCACCCACCCCCUUUAUCUGGGACAGCACAUUCCGUAAAUAAACAAUGCGGGGUGAGGAGGUGGAAGGUCUGAUAGAGGGAAAGAGCUGAUAGAGGGAAAAUAAAUAUCAGAGUGCAUUGUUGUCUUUGUUUACUGUUCUAUUAAUGGCAUACAUGCUUUAGCAACAAGAAUGUAUAUUUGUUAUGCCAAUAAAGAAACCUGAAUUGUG